UGGACCCGGUCCCCAUGGAAAACCUGGCCGUCCAGGCCCACCUGGGCUUAAGGGGAGGAAAGGAGACGCUGGUCUCUCAUCUGGAACAGCCGCUAAAGGAGAGAAGGGAGACCCAGGUAUUCUUGGCCAAGUUGGACUAAUCGGCCAGGCUGGUCGAAAGGGACAGAGAGGGCAUCCUGGUCCACCUGGUCACACAGGAGAGCCUGGGGAGCGAGGUCCAGAUGGAAGCCCAGGUGCCAAAGGUUAUCCUGGCAGGCAGGGUUUGCCAGGUCCCAUAGGAGCCAUUGGGCCAAAAGGCACUCGGGGCUUCAUUGGAAUCGCGGGCCUUUUUGGCCUACCCGGUGCUGAUGGCAAAAGAGGCAUUCUUGGGGAACCAGGGAAGAGGGGCAAGAUGGGUAGGCCGGGGUUUCCUGGAGACUUUGGUGAAAGAGGACCACCAGGACCAGAUGGGGACCCAGGUUUGCUUGGAGCCCGUGGUCCUAAUGGAGUUCUUGGACUUAUUGGUGACAUGGGACCGAAUGGGAAGAUGGGCCUUCCAGGACCCAAUGGACUGAAGGGGGUGUCCGGCAACCCAGGGGAACCAGGACUGAAAGGUGAUAAGGGUGAAAUUGGGCUUCAUGGACAGCAGGGAAUGAUCGGGUUCCAAGGAGACAAGGGUGUUCAGGGUACUCCAGGAUUGCCAGGUACCAGAGGAAAACCAGGACUUCAGGGCAGGCCAGGAGAGAGAGGGUCUGAUGGAGUACCUGGCCUUCCAGGAGCAGAGGGUUUCCCUGGAGACAUGGGGCCUCCUGGAGAGAAUGGCUUAGAAGGCCCAAAUGGAAAGCCCGGAGUGAGGGGGUUGCCUGGUCCUAGAGGGGUGCCCGGGCUAGAGGGAGUUGAGGGCCCGCUUGGACCACUGGGUCUGACAGGAGUGGAGGGUAGAGUCGGCAUGAAGGGCUUCCCUGGAAAGAUUGGAACGGAUGGAGUGAAGGGAGAGCUUGGUAUCACCGGGAAGGUUGGAGGCUUGGGUGAAAGGGGCCUGGUUGGCUUUAUUGGGCCUGUUGGAGAGACUGGAUUGGCAGGGGAGAAGGGGGAUCGAGGGGAGAUGGGCCUGCCGGGACCUCCUGGAGAAAAGGGAUCAAUGGGUCACCAAGGGACACUAGGUGAAAGUGGGCCAUCUGGGGAACCUGGAAGACCGGGCCCCCCAGGAUCUCGUGGGCCAAUUGGUACCAGAGGACCCAAAGGCAGAUGGGGUGCGAGAGGGCCCGACGGUCCAACGGGGAAGCUGGGGUUAGUGGGCUUGAAGGGCCCCGAUGGUCUUCCGGGAAAAAUGGGUUUUUCGGGAGAUGAGGGGAAAAUUGGAGAGCUGGGAGAAGCUGGACCUCAAGGGUUUCCCGGUAUUCAAGGACCCCCUGGACCUCUAGGAGACCAAGGAAUAGCAGGCGAGCCAGGACUCCCUGGGCCAGUGGGGACAGUGGGGCCACUAGGAGAAAUUGGUCUACAGGGUCCUCUAGGCAAAGUGAGUGAUCCAGGACUGCCUGGCGAGCCAGGGGAGAAGGGAGCACUCGGAGCCAUUGGUAACAUCGGAGAGCAGGGACUAAUGGGACAACGGGGAGAGCCAGGGAUUGAGGGAGAGGCCGGUGCUGCUGGUCCUGAUGGAACAAAGGGUGAAAAGGGUGACAUGGGGCACGAGGGCGACAAAGGAGAGAAGGGUGAAACCGGAAUGAAGGGAAAGGAGGGCCCACCUGGGAAUCCUGGACUCAUAGGCAUCACAGGACAAGAGGGUAAAUCCGGCAAGAUUGGUGAAAGAGGCAAACCAGGAAGAAAGGGAGCCAAAGGCCAUAUGGGUCAUCUUGGGGAGACGGGACGAAUCGGAAAGACUGGGCCAAAAGGGUUUGUGGGACCGAAGGGCUCGAGAGGAACCAUUGGACCUGUGGGUCCCCCAGGCAGAAUGGGUAAACAGGGGGAACUGGGUCUAGCAGGUUACGAGGGUCAUCAGGGACCCCAAGGCCCUAUUGGGCAUCAAGGACCAAAUGGUGAAAAGGGUGAGCAGGGGGAUGAUGGGAAGGUUGAGGGUCCUACUGGUCCUCCAGGCGACAGAGGUCCUCCAGGAGACAGAGGAGAGAGAGGGGAUAUAGGGGAUCCAGGAUACCGAGGGCAACAAGGUGUGGACGGAGGGAGAGGCAAACCUGGAGCCCCUGGACAACCUGGACAUCCAGGACCUCAUGCACAACACGGGCCAAAAGGAUCCAAAGGAGAUCAAGGUCAGAAAGGCAAACUCGGUCAGAGAGGAGAAUCUGGAAGCAGAGGAUCGCUGGGUGUGGUUGGUCUCCAUGGCCCGAGAGGCAUGGUGGGGCGAGAGGGGCUGGAGGGCGUGCCAGGCGUAGACGGAGUCUCAGGGAAGGAUGGGUCCAAAGGCAUGCCAGGCGAGCAUGGUGACAAUGGUGAGUUCGGUCUCCCUGGCAAAGCUGGUUACCGUGGAAAAGUCGGCGGGCUGGGACUGCCGGGCGAUAUGGGAACCUUCGGACCAAAGGGUGAAAGGGGCCUCCCAGGACAAACAGGACCCUCGGGGAAGAGAGGCUUUAAGGGUGGGAUGGGACUGCCAGGGCCACAGGGGGACCAAGGGCCCAAAGGACAACCUGGUGAUACAGGAGAACCAGGUUUUCCAGGGAUACUGGGAGUGUUUGGACCAACAGGACCUCCAGGUGACUUGGGACCAAAAGGCAUACAGGGACCAAAAGGGCCACAGGGCACAAUGGGCAGAGGUGGAAUAAUGGGUACGAUGGGGAUUAUUGGGCCCGAUGGAAGUCCAGGCCCUAAAGGAGACAAGGGGAGCCGUGGAGAGAUGGGAUUACAAGGACCAAAGGGGCUUCCAGGACCCCCGGGACCUCCAGGUCCUCCUGGUGUCCCUCUGUCAUUUAAACAGGACGGUUCCCUUCAGGUGUUUGAGUCUAUAAACACCCCACUUAGGACUGAGAAUUGGCUAGUUAUGGACCUGCCUAUGCUAGACCAUGUUACAGAGAUCAUUAAGACCCUCCACUACCUUAGUAACCUGAUCCAGAGCCUGAAAAAUCCACUGGGCACCAGCGAUAACCCCGCCCGCAUUUGCAGGGACCUCCACAGCUGUGAACAGAAAAUGAGCGAUGGCACUUAUUGGAUUGACCCAAACUUGGGCUACUCCUCAGAUACAAUAGAGGUCACCUGUAACUUCACAGGUGGAGGGCAGACCUGCCUAAAACCUGUAACGGUGUCCAAGCUGGAGAUUAGUGUUGGGCGUGUCCAGAUGAACUUCCUGCAUCUCUUGAGCUCAAAGGCGGUGCAACAUGUGACCAUCCACUGCCUGAACGUACCUAUCUGGAGGACCUCUGAGGACCAGCCUCCUUCAAAGGGGUCUGUGCAUUUCAGGGCGUGGAGUGGGGAGAUCAUUGAGGCAGGAGGAGAGAUGGAGCCUCACGUCAUCGAGGACUCCUGUUGGAUGAAGGAUGGACACUGGCACCACACACAUUUUGUGUUCCACACCCAGGAUCCUAACCUGCUCCCUGUGGUUAACAUCUAUAACUUACCCAAGACCACUCUCGGAUCACACUACCACCUGGAGGUUGGCCCUGUGUGUUUCCUGUAAGGGUGUGUAUGUCUGUGUGGUGCUGUGUGUGCAGGGACCCUCACUUCUGAACCUCCAUGCAGUUGGGGAGAAUGGAACAGUCCACUCCCUCCCUCAAGCACUGUCCAAAAAGGACCUCUGCACCCCUCCCUCAACACCCCCUUAUCACCCCUCUCAUCAGACUGCAGAAAUAAAGGGAAGAUAUUUUGGUGCUGGGGGAGAAUGAGGAGAAGAGCAAAGGAGGAAUGGGGGAGUUCUCACACUAAUAGCUCCUAAAGAAGACAAUUUGUUAUUUUUUGCUCUUCGGGAAUGAUUUAAACUAAAAACAAGCUGUGGAUAUCUUCUUGGAGAAAAGGCUUUGCCAAACAGUCUCUCAUGAACAAUUAAGUUAAGGGACAUCCAGACUAAGUCGAUACUGCCAAUUCCCCUUCUUUUGGAAUUAUAGUGAGUUAUCAUACAGUGUGUACUUAAUAAAUACCAAGGAACAGUCUGUCAAAGAGAUUAAUUAAAGUAAUGGGGAACAAUAUUAAACAUACUGUACAUAUAUAUGCGUAUUCCGUCACUUUUAUACAUGUAUAUUUUAUGUAAAGAAAUAAUCUUCAAGUGCAAUAGAAAAUUAGAUGAUCAUUUAAUAUUUUAGACUUUGAUAAUGCUGAAGGCUUUUUUUGUGUGCUUUGGUGCUUGACUUGAUUUUUUUUUUUUUAAAGCACUUACCCAUAGUCCCAAACAUGAGACCGACACGUCUCUCAGUCUCUGCGCCAUAGUGGAUAUCAGUGGCAACCAACCAGUCAGUGUAUAUUGUCUCAGACCUUCUGCCUAUAAUAAUUAUUAAUGUGUAUAUCACACCAAUUAGACUUGAUAUACUGUCGGGUGGUGGUAAUUCUAGGACACACUUUAAGACCAUGCUUGACAGCAUACUCUGUAUUGAAUGUCAGUCAGAUAAGUGAUCGGGGCCCAGUUUCCCAAAACCAUUUUAUGGCUAAGUUAAUCGUAAGAACUAUUUAGAUGUUUUUGGGAAACUGGGCCCUGGUCACUACCUUCGGCUGAUACUCCUUACCUAAAAGUGUGAACAAGGUGUUUUAGAGGUGUUCUUACAGUUGAAGUCGAAAGUUUACAUACACUUGGGUUGGAGUCAUUAAAACGUGUUUUUCAACCACUCCACAAAUUUCUUGUUAACAAACUAUAGUUUUGGCAAGUCGGUUAGGACAUCUACUUUGUGCAUGACACCACUAAUUUUCCCAACAAUUGUUUACAGACAUUAUUUCACUUUUGAAGUGGGUCAGAAAUUUACACACAAAGUUGACUGUGCCUUUAAACAGCUUAGAAAAUUCCAGAAAAUGAUGUCAUGGAUUUAGAAGCUUAUGAUGGGCUAAUUGACAUCAUUUGAGUCAAUUCAGAAAAUGAUGUCAUGGAUUUAGAAGCUUAUGAUGGGCUAAUUGACAUCAAUUUGAGUCAAUUGGAGGUGUACCUGUAGCUGUAUUUCAAGGCCUACCUUCAAACGCAGUGCCUCUUUGCUUGACAUCAAGGGGAAAAUCAAGAGAAAUCAACGAAGACCUCAGAAAACAUUAUAGACCUCCACAAGUCUGGUUCAUCCUUGGGAGCAAUUUCCAAACGCCUGAAGGUACCACGUUCAUCUGUACAAACAAUAGUAUGCAAGUAUAAACACCAUGGGAUGAAGCAGGCGUCACCCGCUCAGGAAGGAGAUGUGUUCUGUCUCCUAGAGAUAAAUGUACUUUGGUGAAAACUGCAAAUCAAUCCCAGAACAACAGCAACGGGCCUUGUGAAGAUGCUGGAGGAAACCGGUACAAAAGUAUCUAUAUCCUCCUAUAUCGACAUAACCUGAAAGGCCGCUCAGCAAGAAGGAAGCCACUGCUCCAAAACCGCCAUAAAAAAAGCCAGACUACAGUUUGCAACUGCACAUGGGGACAAAGAUCGUACUUUUAGGAUAAUUUUCUUCUGGUCUGAUGAAACAAAAAUAUAAAUGUUUGGCCAUAUAUGACCAUCGUUAUGUUUGGAGAAAAAAGGGGGAGGCUUGCAAGCCGAAGACACCAUCCCAACCGUGAAGCACAGGGUUAGCAGUAUCAUGUUGUGGGGGUGCUUUGCUGUAAGAGGGACUGGUGCUCUUCACAAAAUAGAUGGCAUCAUGAGGGAGGAAAAUUCUGUGGAUAAUAUUGAUGCAACAUCUCAAGACAUCAGUCAGGAAGAUAAAGCUUGGUCGCAAAUGGGGUCUUCCAAAUGGACAAUGACCCCAAACAUACUUCCAAAGUUGUGGCAAAAUGGCUUAAGGACAACAAAGUCAAGGCAUUGGAGUGGCCAUCACAAAGCCCUGACCUCAAUCCCAUAGAACAUUUGUGGGCAGAACUGAAAAAGCAUGUGCGAGCAAGGAGGUCUACAAACCUGACUCAGUUACACCAGCUCUGUCAAGAGGUAUGAAAAAUUCACCCAACUUAUUGUGGGAAGCUUGUGGAAGGCUACCCAAAACUUUGACUGAAGUUAAACAAUUUAAAGGCAAUGCUAUCAAAUACUAAUUGAGUGUAUGUACACUUCUGACCCACUGAGAAUGUGAUGAAGGAAAUAAAAGCUGAAAGAAAUCAUUUUCUCUACUAUUAUUCUGACAUUUCACAUUCUUAAAAUAAAGUGGUGAUCCUAACUGACCUAAGACAGGGAAUUUUAACUAGGAUUAAAUGUCAGGAAUUGUGAAAAACGGAGUUUAAAUGUUUUUGGCUAAGGUGUAUGUAAACUUCCGACUUCAACUGUAAAUAUAUAUUUACAUACAAAAUAUCAGCCCAAUUACAUUUCCAAACAAGAUCUAUGCUUUUGCCUUCACGUGUCUGUUUGCCUUGCAGUUCCCCAUGUUUAAUGUUCAGUUCUUCAAUAAAUAUUUAGGAUCUGGGUUUGAACACUUGCAUACCCAAUAAUA